ACUUUGUUUAUUACACCGGCAAUGUGAAGCUGCUGGGGGCGAGGGACUUGUUUGGUUCAGUUUGGGUCAGCUUGUAUAGCGUCAAGAAUGUUGGACGAUGGACCAAGGAACGAGAUUGCCUCGUUGUAAAAUACAGACAGGACUGCGGAGGCGCAAACGUUCCAGGGUAGCAAUCAAACGCGUUACCAGCUAGUCUCAUUGGCCUUUCUAGCGCUUCUAAGCAACCUCCGCCACUUCCGCUUCUGGCCCCGCCCCUACUGCCGGGGACUUCUGUUUCGCGUUCAAGAAUUUUGUCCCCAACGCCGAGCUGUCUUCCCGCCUUCGGUGCUGCUAUGGCGGCAGCUCCGCCGCUCUCUAAGGCCGAGUACCUGAAGCGUUACCUGUCCGGGACAGAUGCCAGCGUCGACGGGGGACCCGCGUCGGGUCGCAAGCGGCGCAAAAAGCGGCCGAAGCCAGGAGGGGCCGGUGGCAAGGGAAUGCGGAUUGUUGAUGAUGACGUGAGCUGGACAGCUAUCUCUACCACAAAACCAGAAAAGGAGGAGGAAGAUGAUGGAGAUUUGCCUGUGGUGGCUGAGUUUGUGGAUGAGAGGCCGGAAGAGGUAAAGCAAAUGGAGGCUUUUCGUUCCAGCACCAAAUGGAAGCUUCUGGGAGACCACAAUGAAGACCUCCCCUUACAUAGUCCUUUCCAUCAUGAUACUCCGGACUCAUCUCCCAGGAGGGCCCGUCACGACACCCCGGAUCCGUCUCCUCCCAGGAGGGCCCGUCACGACACCCCGGAUCCGUCUCCUCCCAGGAGGGCCCGUCACGACUGUGACACAUCUCUUCCGAGGAGGGUCCGCCAUGACUCCUCAGAUGCAUCCCCGCUUAGGAAGUCUCAUCGUAAUUCUUCAGAUGUAUCUCCUAGAAGAACCCCUUCUGACUCCUCAGGUAUGUCUUCCUCCAGAAGGCCCCCUAACGAUUCCUCUGGCAAAUCCCGACCUAGGAGGACUCUUGACUCCUCAGACACACGGCAUCCAAGAAGAGGCCAUCAUGACUUCUCCAAUUUGGCCCCUGAUGUUGUUCAUUCAUUGCCCAGAACCAAAAGUAGUAAAACCCCAGAAAGAGCCUCCUGCAAGACUUUUUCACACUGGAAGGGGUCAGGACCCACUCAUGCAUCACUCCUGAAGAACAUCACAAGUGAAUAUGACUCGGACCUCUCUCCUGCACGGAAAAAGCAAGCAAAAUCCCAUUUUGUAGAUAAGAAGCAGCUUGAUUCUAAAGGUGACUGCCAGAAAGCCUCUGAUUCAGAUCUUUCACCUCCACGGCAUAAACAGAGUCCAGGACACCAGGCUUCUGAUUCAGAUCUGUCGCCUGCAAGGAAUAGACCAAGACGCUGUAGCUCUGAUUCUGACCUCUCUCCACCAAGGAGGAAACAAAGGACCAAAUCUUCUGAUUCCGAUCUGUCUCCACCUCGAAGGAGUCACCCUCCUGGAAAAAAGGCUGCGCACAUGUAUUCUGGGGCUAAAACUGGGUUGGUGUUAACUGACAUACAGCAAGAAGAGCAGGAGCUCAAAAAACAGGACCAAGAAAACAUGGUGUUUGAAGCUGAAUUCCAGUUUGCUGAAACUGUGUUUCGUGACAAAUCUGGUCGUAAGAGGAAUUUGAAACUGGAACGUCUAGAGCAAAGGAGAAAAGCAGAGAAGGACUCAGAACGAGAAGAGCUGUAUGCCCAGUGGGGCAAAGGGCUUGCCCAGAGCCGGCAACAGCAACAAAAUGUGGAGGAUGCAAUGAAGGAGAUGCAAAAGCCUCUGGCCCGCUAUAUUGAUGAUGAAGAUCUGGAUCGGAUGCUGAGAGAACAAGAAAGAGAGGGAGACCCCAUGGCCAACUUCAUCAAGAAAAAUAAGGCCAAGGCGAACAAGAACAAGAGAGUGAGACCUCGAUAUAGUGGCCUAGCACCUCCUCCAAACAGAUUCAAUAUUUGGCCUGGAUAUCGCUGGGAUGGAGUGGACAGAUCCAAUGGAUUUGAACAGAGGCGCUUUGCCAGGCUUGCAAGCAAGAAGGCAGUGGAGGAACUUGCCUACAAGUGGAGUGUUGAGGACAUGUAGUCUCUGAGGCUGUGCCAGUGGCUGUGGGUUGGGGUAGUGGCAUGGGAGAGCCAGGCACCUAGCUGUAACAUUUGCUUGUGCUAAUACUCAGGACCCUCACAGACUAGCAACUUGUUGAAUGCCAGUUUUGACCACAGAGGAAUACUUGAGACCUGAUGUAUGGACUGAGGCACCUGAACUUUGGAGGUGUGCCAGCACUGUAGCUGGCUUUUGCGGGAGGUGGUGAUUUCUGUAUUCCAAGGUUUGUUUGGCUAGGGUUUUUCUUUUUCUGUUUUUAAUAAAUGUACAUUUAUUUUUUUAAAAUCA